CCUGCAUGGACGGGCAUGGGCUGCAGAGCAGCUCCUUCCUGCGCCGCCGCCGCCGCCGCCGCCGCCGCCGCCCCCGCCGGGGCUGAGCAGCGCCGCCGCCCGCAGCCCUGCCCGCCGCCCCGCCCGCCGCCCCCGGCGCUGCUGCCGCUGCUGCUGCUGCUCGGCCUCGGGCUGCUCCACGCAGGUGACUGCCAACAGCCGGCCCAGUGUCGGAUCCAGAAGUGUACCACGGACUUCGUGUCGCUGACGUCGCACCUGAACUCCGCCAUCGACGGCUUUGACUCGGAGUUCUGCAAGGCCCUGCGUGCCUACGCCGGCUGCACCCAGCGGACCUCGAAAGCCUGCCGCGGCAACCUGGUGUACCAUUCGGCCGUGCUGGGCAUCAGCGACCUCAUGAGCCAGAGGAACUGUUCCAAGGACGGCCCCACAUCCUCCACCAACCCUGAAGUGACCCAUGACCCUUGUAACUAUCACAGCCACGCGGGAGCCAGAGAACACGGGGGAGGGGAUCUGAGCCCUCCCAGUUACCUUUUUUGUGGCUUGUUCGGAGAUCCUCACCUUAGAACUUUCAAGGACCACUUUCAGACGUGCAAAGUGGAAGGAGCCUGGCCCCUCAUAGACAAUAAUUACCUUUCAGUUCAAGUGACGAACGUGCCUGUGGUCCCUGGAUCCAGUGCUACUGCUACAAAUAAGGUGACCGUCAUCUUCAAGGCCCACGGCGCGUGCACGGAGCAGAAGGUGUACCAGGCGGUGAGCGACGACCUGCCGGCGGCCUUCGUGGACGGCAGCACGAGCGGCGGCGACGGCGACGCCAAGAGCCUGGUGGUGCGGGAGCGCGAGAGCGGCCGCGCCGUGGAGAUGCACGCGCGCUACAUCGGCACCACCGUGUUCGUGCGCCAGCUGGGCCGCUACCUGACGCUGGCGCUGCGCAUGCCCGAGGCGCUGGCCAUGGCCUACGAGGAGAGCCAGGACCUGCAGCUGUGCGUGCACGGCUGCCCGCUGGCCGAGCGCAUCGACGACGGCCGCGGCCGGGUGUCCGCCAUCCUGGGCCGCCCCGCGCCGCCGCCCGGGCCCGGCUUCUCGCUGGAGGCGGCGCACGCGCGCUGCCGGGAGCGGGUGCCGCUGCAGGACCUCUACUUCCAGUCGUGCGUCUUCGACCUGCUCACCACGGGCGACGCCAACUUCUCGGCGGCCGCGCGCAGCGCCCUGGAGGACGUGGCGGCGCUGCACCCGCGGCGGGAGCGCUGGCACCUGUUCCCGGGCGGCGGCGGCCCCGCGGGGAAAGCAAAACCACCACCUCUACUAACAGUUGGGGAAGGACAGACCCUUAACUCAGGCCACGUUGCCCUAUCGGAGAGCUGGCGAGGCCCCUGCCAGGCAUUCUGUGUCACUCGCAUUCUUACCAGUGUAUUUGGCUCUUGUGCCUUUACAAUCCGAGUCCCUGUACGACCUUUCCCAUCCCCACAGACCCGCUACUUUUCAGGAAUUGAAACCUAA